CUUCACACCAGUCGUGAUCCACAAGUGGACAUGAUCUCCACUUUCAUCUGCUUGAUCCUUCGUACAAGCUGAAGCACCUAGUAUCUCUAUCCAUCGCUAUUAUCAUCAUCUAUAUCUGCGACUAUCAAUCUUCGAAGAUUCUUCCAUCAGCAAACUAAUCUAUCCAUCCUCCACACCCCUUGAUCAUCAAAACCUCCAAUCACAUUCUCCACAGGGAAAAGGUAUAAGGCAUCACGAGUAGUCACGUAAGUCGUUUCACUCUGAACAUAAGUAGGUAUAAUUUCGUUUCUGAUUCAUCGGAUUCAACUAGCAUCUACAACAUCUCUGUUGACUCUUUGUCUAACAACAACCCCCAAACAACCACAAAAUGUCGCAAACUGGCAGCGUUAAGUUCUUCAACCCGGACAAGGGCUUCGGUUUCAUCACCCCGCAUGACGGUGGUGAGGACGUCUUCGUUCACUUCUCCGCCAUCCAGACCGGUGGUUUCAAGUCCCUCAAUGUUAAGGCUUAUACUUUUCUUGUCAUGUCCUCCUCUACAGUGCGUAGGUCAUCUUAGUGUUCCUUGUAGGUCAUCAUCUUCUCUCAGAUAGUUUAGGUCGUUUUCGCCAUUCUUGUAACACAUCUUUCUCCAUAUUCUCAUCGCAUUGUCGUUGUAGAUGUAGCCACUUUCAUUCUUGCGUAUUCGACUCUAUCGUCCGACGUCACAACUUCUAUAGCCUAUUUGUGCUGUUUCCUCAAGACGAACAAUCAUGUAGUGCAUCCACAUAUCUUUCUUCUUUCUUUUCCUUCAAUGAUCUGCAUUAUCUCGACUGGAGCACUAUCUCAACAAUUGGCUACAUCUACAGCGACUUCCCCCUUUGUUUUUAACAGUACCAAACUAUACCAGCAGUUGUCCAACCUGACAGACCUUGUGUCUACCCCAGCUCUAAUUUUCAAGGCGAGACCGUUUCCUUCGACACCGUCUGGGAUGACCGCAAGCAGAAGUCCAGUGCCGCUAACGUGACCGGACGUGGUGACGGCGAACCGCGUAAGGGCGGCGGCAAGGGAGGAAAGGGAUCCUUCGGCGGAGGUGGCGGCUUCGGCGGCGGCGGUGGCUAUGGCGGUGGUCGCGGUGGCGACUACUGGUAAGUCACUAGCAGUUCUUCUUUCUGUGCCCAAACUUCGUUAGGAGAUAGGGUUUUGGAAGUAUAUAGGAGGACACCACCAGUCCGUGAGGAGAAGGACCUGCUGGUAAUCGACACCUGGGAGUAGGAGAACGAUGUACGAGUUGCAGACAUGUGGGUGAAGGUGUUGACUCUGUACCCCUGAAGUGCGAGCGGUGGGCGUGCUCUUCGCAGGAAGCAGAUGAGCUCUCACAUUGAUGUUCGACCGACUAUAUGCCUACUUUCGAGGUUGUCUCUGUUUGAUGUUAAUGAAGUGAAACUUGGUGUUGGUACUGAAAGAACGGGCUUACGUUAGUUCUUGGGAGUACCAGGGAAGUAGUGACGACUAGACGAGACGACGAUUUCAAUUGGUGAAUUUUUCUGGUCAUUAUGCCAUCGAUGAUACAUAGAACGCAAGAUGCACAGCAUUGAAAACAACUACCACGAUAUUACUGAUCGAAAAAAUUGUCCAUGAACUUAAAGCUUUUGAGAAACAAAGAAUACCUUAGUGAAUAUAACAAUGAAUUUCCAGCAGGUAGAGACGAAAAUUGUUGAUUUAUUUUUCUAUUCUGUUCCUUUUUCUUUGGGGGUUAACCACAUGACGGAUGAAUGUUGUUGUUGAUGCACCAUUGAGGACGACUAUGAUGUGCAUGACAGAAACCGAUGGUAUUAAUGACAGAUUUUUGAUCAUGGAAGAAAACUACGACUACAAUUUGCCUUCAUAGAUGGGAGUCGUGCUCGCGACGAGCUGCCUCGGCAGCCUUGG